UGCUCUGGCAAACAAGUAUUGCUUACUUCCAUAUGGACAUGGUAGCAACUACCAUAGGCCGGGGAGACAAAAUGUUCUCUGCCGUCUCUGCCGCGUUGCCGCUGCUGCUGCUGGUGGCGGCGGCGGCGUUCGCAGCGGCACCAUCGCCUGCAUCCACGGUGGGAAGUCACUGCACCCCCAGGUGCGGCAACAUCAGCAUUCCAUAUCCGUUCGGCGUGGAGCCCGGCUGCUACCGCCCCGGCUUCGAUGUCACCUGCAGCAAGGACGUCCCUCCCAAGCUGCUCCUCCGCAACGCCUCGGAGGUGAUUGACAUCAAUCUGCCCAACGGCACGGUGGACGUCUACGUCGAUCGCGUCGACCAGUCCCUCCCCGUUCCCCAGGCCUACAACAGCAUCGGCAACUGGGACGUCGUCGGCGUCUUCAUAGACUCAGGGCCGUUCACUCUGGCGCCAGGAAGGAACAAGCUCCUCGUGUUCGGCUGCGACGUCCAGGUCCUCCUCAUGGGGUCCGACGAGGCCGACAUCAUCAGCACUUGUGCGGCCUUCUGCUCCCGCGUCUUCAGGAACCAGUAUCAGGUGGCGUCCGAAGACUGCUCCGGCAUCGGCUGUUGCCAGGCGCCCAUCCCGGCGGGCCUCAAUGCCUACCUGCUCCAGUUCCGCCAGUUCAACGGAUCACGGAGCAGCGACCAUGCUACAGUUUUCGUGGUGGAUGCGGAGCGCCUGAGCUCUUUUCCGAUGGACAGUGUGUCAUGGAGGGCGCUCCCGGUGGUGCUAGAGUGGGUCAUCAGCAACUCGACGUGCCAGAGUAACUCGACGUCGCCGGAGUGCCGCAGCAGCAACAGCUUCUGCCAGAACAGCACGGCUUUCCGCGGCACCGGCGGGCAUCGGUGCCACUGCGCGCAAGGUUAUGACGGCAACCCCUACGUUCUCGAUGGAUGCAAAGAUAUAGACGAGUGCAAAUAUCCAGAGGUUUAUCCAUGCUUUGGCGACUGCAACAACACAGUAGGCGGGUACCUAUGCAAGUGCCCUCUUGGCUUUGUGGGUGAUGCGUCUACACCGACAGGAUGCAAAGACGUUGAUGAGUGCCUGCACCCAGAUGCAUACGCAUGCUAUGGAAUCUGCGAAAAUUUGCCCGGAUCAUUUCACUGCCAAUGUCCUCAGGGAACAUAUGGGGAUCCCACAACGAAAGGGGGGUGCAUUACUAUCAAGAAUUCCUUUCCAGGUUGGAAAGUAGCUUUAAUAGCUAGCAGUGGAUUUAUUCUCCUGAUUGUAGCACUUGCUGCUCCCUUUGUAACACGCAAAAUACAACUGCAAAGGCUGAAAAGGUUGAAAGAAAAAUUCUUCAAGCAAAAUCAUGGGUUGCUAUUGCAGCAGUUAAUUUCCCAAAAUACAGAUAUCGGUGAAAGGAUGAUCAUUACCUUAAGAGAAAUAGAGAAGGCCACUGACAAUUUUGAUAAAAGUCGUGAGGUCGGUGGUGGAGGACAUGGUGUUGUGUAUAAAGGAAUAUUACACCUGCAUGUUGUUGCCAUCAAGAAAUCCAAGAUUGUGGUACAGAGAGAAAUAGAUGAUUUCAUAAACGAAGUUGCAAUUCUGUCUCAAGUCAAUCAUAGAAAUGUGGUGAAGCUCCUUGGAUGUUGCCUCGAAACAGAAGUUCCAUUGCUUGUCUAUGAGUUCAUAGCGAACGGAACACUUUAUCAUCAUCUUCAUGUUGAAGGACCUAUAUCUCUAUCAUGGGAUGAUCGAUUAAGGAUUGUGCUUGAAGUUGCAAGAGCUUUGUCUUAUCUACAUUCUGCUACUUCUAUGCCAAUAUAUCAUAGAGACAUCAAGUCUUCAAAUGUACUCCUCGAUGAUGGUCUAACAGCAAAGGUAUCGGACUUUGGAGCUUCAAGGUACAUCCCCAUAGAUCAGACAGGAGUGAAUACAGCAAUUCAAGGAACAUUUGGUUAUCUAGAUCCUAUGUACUACUAUACGGGUCGCCUAACAGACAAGAGCGAUGUUUUCAGUUUUGGAGUUCUUGUUAUGGAAUUGCUUACUAGAAAGAAACCAUUCGUUUAUAGGUCUGAUGAUGGUGAUGGCCUAGUUUCACAUUUUGCCUCACUAUUAGGAGAAGGUAAACUAGGUGACAUAAUAGAUCCACAAGUCUUGGAAGAGGGUAAUGGUGAUAUCCAAGAAGUAGCCGCACUAGCAGUGAUGUGCACUAAAUUGAAGGGAGAAGACAGGCCUACUAUGAGGGAAGUGGAGUUGAUCCUUGAAAAUUUGCGCGUUAAGACAGAGGCUCCAAGUUGUAGAGCACCAUGUAAUUGGGAUCAUAUCCCAGUUCAAGGUGUUAUUCAGGAAGUAAGCAGGCAGUACACCAUGGAAGAAGAAAUGAUGUUGUCAGCGAGUUAUUCUCGGUGACUUCCACUUUCUACUCUAAACAAUAAUGCUUCAUACAAUCGGUUACAACAUGCUUAUCAAAGCCACGGAAAGUUCCCGUGUUUUGAUAGAUGCAGCUGACUUAGUCUCCUAAUUAUUCUUUGUAUUUUCACUUGGGAAAAAGGGACCCUGCACACAAUGUUUUUGUUUUGAUAUCUGUUGAUUCGAAGUCCAAUUAUCAGUUGCCUCUUCUGUUGUGUA